CCUUUGUGGACUUUAACAUCUUGCACACAGCAGGAAGCAGGAACAGCACAGAGACCAGAGAUGACAAAGUUCCUGUCUCAAGAUGACAUCCAAAAGUUCAAGGAAUGUUUUACUCUAUAUGAUAAAAAGGGAAAGGGCAAGAUUCCUGCUCCAGACCUUCUGACUGUCAUGCGUUGCUUGGGCGCUUGUCCUACCCCUGUAGAAGUUGCCUGUCACCUCCAAGUGCAUAAAAUUGGUAAAGAUGGAGAAUUGGAUUUUUCAACCUUCUUGACCAUUAUGUACCGUCAGCAGAAGCAGGAAGACCCAGAGAAUGAGAUCCUUGUGGCCAUGCUGAUGACAGACAGGCAAAAGAAAGGAGUGAUCCCUCUGGACGAGCUCAAGGCUAAACUAACCAGAAUAGGAGAAAAGUUAACACCUGAAGAAGUGGAUGAUCUCUUUCGAGAUGUUGAGGUAGGACCUGAUGGAAUGGUGAAGUAUGAAGACUUUGUGAAGAAGAUAACACUGCCGUUACCAGACUAUUAAACUCUGGCUGAAGAAGAAAUCUUUGUUGCUACACGAUAUCCCCAUCAGGGUGG